CGCGGCCGGGCCUGGUCACGCGCUUCCGCGGCCGGGAUCGGGGCCGGGAUCGGGACCGGGAUCGGGAUCGGGUCCGGGAUGUUCCGCAUCGAGGGGCUCGGGCCCAAGAUGGACCCCGAGGAGCUGCGGCGGAAAAUGCGCCGGGACGUGCUCGCCUCUGUCCGCAACUUCCUCAUCUACGUCGCGCUGCUGCGGAUCACGCCGUUCAUCCUGAAGAAGCUGGACAGCAUCUGACCCCGGGGAGCCGGCCCCGCAGCUGCUCCCCCCGUGCCAGGGCCGGUGCCGGCGGGACCCGGACAGCCCGGCAUUCCCAGGAUGCGGCCGGAGGAGGGGCAGGUGCCUGCUGUCCGUGCGGGUGAAUGCGGGGCACAGAGGGGGCCCUGCCGCGAUCCCGCAGCGUUCCCCGUCCCCGGGACGUGCCCCGUGCUGGCAGGGACCCCGCGCCGGGACCGCCUGUGCUGGGCCUGCCCCCCUCUCCCCGCCCUGUGUCACACCCCGUCCCCGCCCAGCCCAGCGCACAGCACUUUGUUCUGAAUAAACGGGAGAGCAGCUGUGUCACA